GUACAAGUGUCAUACUAAUGUUCCUUCUUUUUAAGAAUUUCAAAGGCUUUUGUGUGUUAACAAAUGAAUUAGCUAUAUAUAUUGUGUGUGUUGACCUAUAGAAUCCCAUAUCUUACAUUUCUAGCCCUUUGGGUCGAGACAGCAGUUGAACUAGCUAGCCUACUGGUACUGUAAAGCUAGCCUUACUGUAGCCUAAUAUAAUUAAAAGUGUGUCAGUGUUGUUUUCUCAAGUGUACUUAAUGAAAUGACCGAUGAAAUGGCAGAGAUGGAAAGCGAGUGUGAGUGUUCCCUGAGCGAGGCGCUAGAAGAUGUCUGUCAGCAAGGCUACACUCAGUCAGUGGCUCUCCAGGAGAAACAGCAAACUCUCAGCUGUCUGCAGGCCAUGCUGGCAGAUGUAACCCAGGAAGGGGAGGAGGCUGGGAUGGAGCUGAGAUCUGUCAGCAGGCAAGUGCUCCUGGUGGAGGGAGAGAUAGAGCUGCUGCAGAGACACAUGGACACCCUCACCUCCAGCUCCCUGUCUGUCCACAACCUGAACACCCAGCUGGGCUUGCAGAUACAGGAGCAUGAGGGGCGCUUUCACCUGGACCUGGCGGGAUACAACACCUAUAGAAACAGUAUGGAGGGCCACAAGGCGGCCGUGCUGCGGGCGGAGAGGAUGACAAAGGCUCACAGGGAGCUGGAGGAGACCAGGGCGAAGGUUCAGGCGCUGAUGCAACAACAAGAGGAGCUGAGCAGUGACCUGAGGAACCCAGAGGGCAUGGCUGUGAGGCAGGAGCAGAGAGAGAUUGAUGAAGUGAAGGAUCAGAUCUCAGGCCUCAGAAAGACCAUGAGUCAGCAGAGAGAGUUGCUCCUCAGGGAGUUUGAGAGUCACUCACGCAUAAAGAAACACAUAGAGAUCCAGACCAGGCGCUACGAGGCCAUAGUGAAGCGUCUGCACUGCCAGCUGAAGAAGGCCCAGGCAAGCCACGGCCAGGUGGCUGUUGACAUGCAGCAUCUGCAGGGACAGGUGGACGCACUCAGGACACAGCUGGAGACAUCGGAGGUGGAUCCCCUCCUGACUGAUCCUCCAGAGAGCGUCCUGAAGAGAUUCUAACACCAAGGACCAUGGGCAUUGUUUUCUAGUUUUGUUGCGCCCCAAACAGAGCGUGUAACAGUUAGAGAUGAUAGCUCAGUCCUGCCCCACAGUGUUUUACCUUAGUGAGAGAUGAUGGCCUCAGGAAGAAUCCACUUCAGUAGUGUUGAAGCCUGUUCUGCUCUGCUGGUGCUCAUGAUGACAUGAACUAAUCUCAUAACAAAAGACAGUGACAGGCCCUCUGCUCUUGUUAAUGAUGUCAUAUAGGCUGUGCUACCUGAGGGAGCCCUGGGAGGUUUGCUCAGUCAGUUGUCAGUGUAAUGUCAAUUUCUGUGUUGACGUGUGGGAUUCCUUCUCCUCCAGAUCACUUCUGACAAAUCUGCUUUGGAUGAGUUUGUGUUCUGUUGAGUUUUGUUGAUCUAAGCAGUGUGGGUUCAGAGUUUAAACAAGACGUAAAUAUUCUACAAGCUUAUACAUUAAGCCUAAUUUACAGUUGUUGAAACAGUUAAAUAAAUGUACAGGAUUUAUUCUUUACAAUGAGCUUUUUUCCCUAAUAUUUGAUGUUCUGUUUGUGCUGUUGAUGUGAUUUUUUGUUUAUACAUUACUGUAACAUCGAAUUUAUGUUACUUUACCAGUUUUGAGAAUAUAUCCUGAAAACUAUUCUUUGCAUUCACAUGCAAAGUCAAAUAAACUGGAAUUUUAGACUGGAAUACAUUGAGACGUUUAUAGUGGUGUUCUAUAGGGUAAUGUUCGACACAGGGGUUGAGGCUGAAUUGGAGGCUGAAUUAAAGGCCAGGGGAGGUUUCAUUCGAGGCUGUAUUAGAGGCUGUGUCGUUCUUUUGGUUCACGCUGUUCCAGCUUCCGCUCCACUG